GGGGCUCGGGUUUCAGACGCGCGCGCGCCCCUUGGAGCACGAGCGUUUUUCAGUCUAGCGGAGGUUCUGGUUCUGGGCGGACAUGCUGCCUCCGGGGGGAAACAGGACGUUUGUGUACCUGUGGACCUGCAGGCAGUUCCAGGAGCAGCAGGCGGAGUGGGAGCAGCUGAACCGGGUCCUGCAGCAGCGGGGCUUCCGGCCGGUGCUGUUCGCUGACCCCGUGGAGAACAAGAGCCCAGCAGAACUGGGCCUGCUGGACAGGAAGUCGGCGGCGGCGCUCAGGUGGACCCUGGAGACGCUGCUGGCGGACUCGGACAGGAGGCAGGCUCUCCUGCAGGAGCUGGUCGGCUCCAACAACCGCCUCAGAGAGGAGGUCCAGGAGCAGACGAGUCGGGCCUCCCAGCACUCCCAGAAGGCCUCGGAGCUGCAGGUUCUGCUGGACCAGGUAAAGGUCCAAGUCCAAGACCUGGAGGACCGCUGCGUCUGCAGGGCUGCGCAGACGCACAGCCGCACGCUGCAGCUGGAGCGCCGCGGCGCCGAGGCCACACGCCGCUGCGAGCAGCUGCAGCAGAAGCUGCGUAGGAAGGAGGAGGAGGCGGCGGAUCUCCGCAGGAAGCUGCGGUUCGCCGUGGAGCAGGAGGAGCAGCGCUUGGCCCGGCGGAACCGCGGCUUCCAGAAGAUCUGCGGGAGAACGUUCAGGCCGCAGUCCACCUCGGAUCAGCGGGUUUUGGACGUCAUCGACUUCUACGAAGAGGAAAGGAGGCGUCUGACGGAGGAGCUCAGGUCUGCCCGAGGAGGAGCCGAGGACGGAGAGGAUCGGAGCGCCGGCGCCGCUCCUUCAUCCUCCAAGGUGUUCUCGGAGCAGCAAAAGGAGGCGGAGCUGGACUCCAGACCGGUCUGGGAGCAGCUGAAGGUCCACAAACACAAACGGCGCCACCUGGAGGGGAAACCGCAGAGCGCCGUCAGGCUGACGGCAGUGGGCGGAGCAGAGGAAGACGCCGUAGAAGAACCUCCCGCGGCGGUCCGGUUGUGCUCUCAGUACCGCGGCCUGCUGUCUGACAUCAGAGCGGUCAUCAGAGGCCCCGCCCCUCCUGCCAGGCUCAGAAGCCCCGCCCCCUCCACAGAGCUGGACUUGGAGCUGUCAGACUUCCAGGCGCUCCUGCCGGUGUUGGAGGACUGGGCUGGACAGCGCCGUCGGCUGAAGGACCUCCAGGACCUGCUGGUGGACCUGGCGGGCAGGUCGGUGCCGCCACAGCGACCUCGUCACGGCUCUGCAGCAGCGGUGAAGGUGGAGGACCUGAUUCUGCUGGUGGAGGACCUCCUGGAGAACGCUUUCAAAGACCCGGAGCAGAGGCUCCGGAGCCCCACCCCCUACACGCUGAGCGCCAUGGUGUCCCACUUCCAGACGCUGUUCGACGUUCCCUCGCUGACGGGGGUCUACCCCCGCAUGAACGAGGUCUACACGCGGCUGGCGGAGAUGACCAACGCCAUGAGGAGCCUGAAGGACGUCCUGGACCUAGACGGCAGAGCCACUCCUGCAGAGGUGGUGGACCGCGCGUCUGCGCUGGCGUCUGCGCAGCCGCCAGGACUGCAGGACCUGCUGGAGCAGGCGGACAUCGACAGCAUCAUCGUGAAAGUGAAGCAGCACGAUGAGUUCCUGCCAGCCUUCCACCGCCUCAUCACCGACAUCCUGCUGACGCUGGGUGUGACUCACCUGGAUGAGAUCCUUCCUGCCUUGAAGGCCCUGAAGCGUUCUGCAGCCUGACCUCCUGCCGUUCCACAAACCAAUAAAAACUCCAGAAGAAUAAAACUGUCGUCGUCUCUGGUCCUUCA